AUGGCUAUUGAGGCGGCACUGGCCGAGCACGAGCUAACGACGUGGGAAGCGCUCAAGAAGUACCGCAAGGCAUGCCUGUGGUCGAUGCUUGUCUCGACCUGCAUCAUCAUGCGCGCGUACGACAUCGAGGUGACGGGCAGCCUGUAUGCGCAGCCGUCGUUCCAGCACCACAUGGGCGAGCCCGUGGCAGGUGGCGGGUACCAGGUACCAACACAGUGGCAGAUUGCCAUGAGCAUGGGCGCGAUCGUGGGCCAAGUGGGCGGCGCCUGGGCAGCGGCGAUCCCCAUGGACCGGUUCGGGCGCAAGCGGACGCUGGCCGGGUACCUGAUCGCGACGGCGGCGCUGGUGACGAUGCAGGUAUUUGCGCCGACACGCACGAUCCUGACCGUGUCAAUGUACCUGGCCGGCUUUGUCUGGGGCGGCUACCAUGUGAUCGCACCCACCUAUGCAUCCGAGGUGACGCCGCUGCCCCUGCGCGGCGUGCUCACCACAUAUGUUUCGCUGUGCUACACAAUCGGGCAGCUGCUUCAGAUAGGCGUCGUGCGAGCCUUCAUCAACCGCAGCGAUGUGUGGGCGUACAAGAUCCCCUACGCCGUGCAGUGGGUCUGGCCUGUCUUUAUCCUCAGCCUGCUCGCUUGGGCGCCCGAGUCGCCGUGGUGGCUGUUGCGCCAGAACCGGAUGGAGGACGCCCGGCGCUCACUCGACCGACUGACUACUGGCGUCUCGCCGGCCCAGAACGCCAGCACCCUCGCCCUCAUGGCUCAGACGGACGCGUACGAGCGCGAGCAGGCCCUGGGCUCGACCUACAGGGACUGCCUGCGCGGCUCGAACCGCCGCCGGCUGGAGAUCUGCUCCAUGCUCUUCAUCAUUCAAAACUUCUCGGGCAACCCCGUCGGCUUCGCCACCUACCUCUUCGAGCAGGUCGGCCUCGAUACGGGUGCCGCCUUUGACAUGUCCAUCGGCCUCGCCGCGCUCGGCUUCCUGGGCACCGUCCUGUGUCCCUUCCUGCUGCCACACGUGGGCCGCCGCACCGCCUGGCUGUACGGCCUCGGAUACUGUGUCAUCAUGCUGUGGGUGGUCGCCCUGCUCAGCUUCGCCAAGGACUAUUCCUCCACGCCCGCCUACUCCUGGGCCCAGGCCAGCCUGCUCAUCUCCCUGCAAUUCGCGUACGCCCUCACCCUCUUACCCCUGGGGUACAUCGUCUCGACCGAGACCCCGUCCACCAAGCUGCGCGCCAAAACCCUCUCCCUCACCGCCACCAUCAACGGCGCCUCCUAUCUCGUUCUGACCGCGCUGGGGCCCGCCCUGUUGAAUCCUGGCGCAGCCAAUGCGGGUGCUAAGAUCGAAUUUCUCUUCGGGGGGAUCUCCUUGUUGGGACUCGUCUGGGGUUAUUACAGGUUACCAGAGACAGCAAAUCGCACCUACGAGGAGCUCGAUACCCUCUUCAAUCUGGAAGUUCCGACGAGGGAGUUCAAGAACUAUCAGUUUCCAGUCAGUGGGUAG